AUGCUCGAGCGGAUCUCCUGGGAUCGCAGGGAAAGCAGGCGGAGAUGGGCCGGAACGCCAUUGCCACUGCGCUCACUAGUCGUGCUCGGCUCUGGAGGUCACACGAUGGAGAUGCUGUCACUGUUGAAAGACUUGGACCAAGACAAGUACAGGUGUGAUUUCAUCUUGGGUGACACAGACUCCACAUCUUUGAAGAAGGUCCAGGCUACGCGCCCUGACUUGGCAGAAAACCUCGAGCGCUUUCACACAAUUCCACGAAGCCGAGAGGUAGGCCAAUCCUGGACGUCGACGCUGUUCUCGACCAUGAAGGCCUUGGCAUCCUGCCUGGGUCUCGUUUGGAAGCUGCGCCCGCAGGUAUUAAUUGUGAACGGGCCGGGCACAUGCAUUCCAGUUGUGGCUGCUGCUCUUUUCUUCGAGCUAGUAGCUUUCCGAAGUUUGUCACUUGUAUUUGUCGAAAGCGUCUGCCGGGUCAAGUCACUGUCCAUGACUGGAAAGCUCACAUAUCUGGUCUCCGACAGCUUCGUGGUGCACUGGCCGGAACUAGCUGAGAGGUAUCCGAAAGCCCAGUAUUUGGGUGUGCUUCUCUGA